AAGGCCCAGUAGGGUAGAGUGUAUGUAAAAUCAGAUAAAAAUAAAACGUGUAAAUAUGCGCUGUUUGUGUAGUUAACGAGUAUUAGGAAUUCUCGUCUGCCAGCAUUUGGCAAGUUAAUUCUCGGAGAGGAUAUACGAUUCGUGUCGUCUGCUUUCUUCGACUGACUCAGUGGCUGUACAUAAUGGAAGGCGCCUUAGUGACGCUUCCGGAAUUCCACGCAUUCGUCGUUCGUUGCAUGCGGGCCGCCGGCAUAGAGACCGACGACGACGCCGGCGUGUUGGCGGACCUCCUGGUUUCUGCAGACUACAGAGGACAUUACAGCCAUGGCCUUAAUCGCCUUGAUAUGUAUAUACAAGACGUGACUUCCGGACUUACAGCAACACGUGGCUCGCCCACCGUUGUCAAGGAGACGGUUGCUACAGCUCUCGUGGAUGGAAACAACGUGCUAGGUCCUGUGGUGGGACGAUUCUGUACAGAUCUGGCUAUAGAGAAGGCAAAGACGGCAGGAAUCGGCUGGGUGUCCGCUAGACACUCCAAUCAUUUCGGAAUCGCGGGCUGGUAUGGACUGCGGGCUUUGGAACACGGCAUGGUGGGAAUGGCGUUUACCAACACGUCACCUCUGAUGUACCCGACACGAGGCAAAGAGGCAGUUCUUGGAACGAACCCUAUUUGUGUGGCGGCUCCGGCUAAAGAUGGCGACAGCUUUGUACUGGAUAUGGCCACUACAUCAGUUGCAUUUGGAAAAGUCGAAUUAGCAGACCGGGUCGAGAAGCCUAUACCUGAAGGAUGGGCUCUGGACGCCGAGGGAAGGGCGACGACUGACCCCAAGAAGGCGACAGGGCUGUGCCCCUUGGGCGGAACGGAAGAAACGUCUGGCUACAAGGGGUACGGGCUUGGCAUGAUGGUGGAGAUAUUCUGCGGCAUCAUGAGCGGCUCUCUGUACGGGCACCACGUCCGGAAGUGGAAGGAGGAGAAGCCGCUCACGGAGGCGAAUCUGGGCCAGUGUUUUGUCGCAAUCAACCCAGCGGCGUUCGAGGACGGGUUUGAAGAUAGACUCGGUGAAUUGAUACAACACUGUCGGAGUCUGCCCAUGAGCGGAGAGGAUCCCGUGUUAAUAGCAGGCGACCCGGAACGGAUCCACAUGGCCAAGUGCGACAAACAAGGCGGCAUUCUGUACCACCCUAACCAGAUACAAAAUGCUAACGAGAUAGCCAGCAGACUGAAUGUAGCGCCGAUGAAAACACGUUGAUAUAUUGAUGAUACCUUACCUUCAGAACAGCUAUUGGGAAUACCACAUAAUACAAAUUAAUUAUUUAUAAGAUAGUGCUGUUUCAAACUAGUUUUGUCUGUACGAGAGUAUUAUGAAAUGAUAUUGGUGUAUUUUGUCAGACUACACGUUUUUUCUGUAUGCAGUGAUCGAUCUAUUGAACUAAAUAAUUACUUUAAAUAUUGAGCAUUA